CAGAUGAGAAGCUUCACCAUUGAGGAAUUGAAGAAUGGUCAUCGAUGAAGACUGGAGGCUCCACUGAGGACUCGCCAUCCAGCAACUGACGCUCAGCAUUGAGGAGCUGAGGGCCAGCCAUUCAGCAGCCGAGCCGAGGCGAGGCGAGGCUCCCCGGUUAGGGUUGGCCGGUUAAUAACCGAGAAGCAGUGACGGCUGAGCUGAAGCCUUCACUGAUGAACUGAGAACUGGCCAUUGACAAAUUAUGAAGUGACCAUUGAGAAACUGACCAUCGUGUCUGUCCUGUUCAUUGAAGCUCAUCCAGAUCCUGUGAGGACUCAGAACUACCAUUGGGGCUUAUUCCUUCAUGACCAUUGAUGACUCAUAACACUCCACUGAGAUGACUCUGUCCUGUCCUGACUGAGUGCUCACAACCCGACCGCCCACUGAUGUCAAGUGUUGCCCAUUGAUGAGCAGCCAACUCUGCUGAGCUCAGCCUUAGUCAAUGAUGAACUGCAACUAAAACGUUACCUGUCAAGAAAGGGACCGAAGACGGUUUGCAGAGGUUGGCCCUGUUACAAGCAGUUGCGAGGAGCUGCCCUCCCUCCCCAGUCAGGAAGCUAGAAAUAUUCAUGUGGAUUUGGACGAAAGACGGUUUAGGCUGUAGCUUUCCUGGCACUGAGAAUGGAUAUUGUGAACUUAUCUGGUGAUAUUCUUUUAAAGAUCGUGCUAGUUGGGGAUUCCAGUGUAGGAAAGACUGCCAUAUUAGAGAGAUUGACAGAGGACACUUUCCAUUCUUCCAUUUUAUCUACAAUAGGGAUUGAUUUCAGGGUAAAAACGGUCAGGGUGAAUGAUAAUGCCACAGUUAGGCUACAAGUAUGGGACACAGCUGGCCAGGAACGGUUUCAUACACUUACAACUCAUUAUUUUCGAGGGUCAAAUGGUCUUAUGCUUGUCUAUGAUAUUACAAAUUUAAAUACUUUCAAUAAUAUCACGUGGUGGAUUAAAGAUACUGUUGAGAAUGCAGGAAAGGAUGUUGGCCAAGUAUUAAUUGGCAACAAAUGUGACUCAAGUGAACGGGGAGUUACAUUGGACAAAGGAAAACAGCUUGCCCAGGAACAUGAUAUGCAAUUCUUUGAGACAAGUGCAAAAGAUGAUAUAAACAUUGAGCAAGCAUUUUCAGCCCUAGCAGAAGAAAUAAUUAAAAAGAAUCCAAACAUUUUGCAAAAACUUGUGGUUGUGGUUGAACCUGAGGAACCUCAGAAUCAAGGCUGUUGCAGUAGAUGA